AUGCAGCACAGCGCAGACAGCAGCACAAUGAACGACAGUUGUUUAAAUCUGGAUGACGACCUCAUGAGAUACUACCUCAGCCCCAUAUAUGCCCUUGAGUUCACCCUCGGUUUCCUUGGCAACCUAGUUGUUGUCGUGGGUUACCCGCUAUGCCUGCAGAAGUGGCGCAGCACCAACAUCUACCUGUACAACCUGGCGGUGUCCGACAUCAUCUGUGUGUGCACACUGCCCCGCCUCUCUUAUCUGUAUGCCCAUGGCAUGAGGGAGCUCCACCCGGUCAACUGUGUGCUCAACCGAUACCUGCUCUUCGUCAACAUGUACUCCAGCAUUCUCUUCAUGGCGCUGGUCAGCCUGGACCGCUACCUGCUCAUCCGCUACCCACGUCGCAACCACGUCCUCCUGACCACGCGCACGGCUGGCCUGGCUUCUGCCCUCACCUGGUUGCUGGUCAACGUCGAGAUCACGCCCUUCUUGUACUACGCCAUCACAGACAUCCAAAUGAACUUAGUGUGCCAGGACUUUGCCAGUCUCUCCAGAACUUGGGGGUUCCUGAGCUACAGUGUGGGGCUGAUGGUGUUUGGGUACAUGCUGCCCCUGGUGGUCCUUUUCUGGUCCACGUACAAGAUAGGCUCCCUGCUGAGGGCUCAGGAGGAGAGCUUUGCGCGUCGUUCGGUGGCGUACCGGAGGCCUUUGCGCAUCGUGCAGGCAGCGGCGUACAUGUUCCUGCUGCUCUACCUUCCCUACCACAUCAUGAGGAACGUGCGCAUCCUCACACGGCUGCUGUUCACAAAGAUACCCAAGUGCACUAUUGUGAAAAUCGAGGCAGCGUACAUCGUAAUGCGACCAUUGCCUUUCCUACACAGCGUUAUAAAUCCUGUCUUCUAUUUUAUGAUGACUGACCAGUUUCGUGAGCUACUGCUCGCCAGGUUUGUCCAGCUAAAGAACAGAAUCACAGGCAAAAGGUGACUUGCUUAUGAUAUUUAUACUAUACAGUGUUAAUAUAUGUAAUUUAAAAUCUGUUAAACCUCUCAAAUAUGUUAGCAUUUCCAGAAUACCGGGGUUCUCUUAUGAGUUGAAUUACGAGAGAGAGUAGUCUCUCUCAUUCUCUUUCAGAGAAAAGGGGACAUAUACAUGUCCUGUUGUUUUGCGCUGCACCUUCCUCAUUAAAGGUAGCUACUGAGAUUGCAUGCAAUUGGAAAUUGCAAUAUUAGGUUGACAUUACAUUUUUUACAGUCUUACUGUGACUUGCUGGACUAAUUUCUCUGUAUUCUGGGAUACUUUUCAUUUUGUAUUCCAGAAGGACUUUUGUACCCUGUGUACACUAUGCUUUGUUUGGUUUUCUCUCUGUGUCCCAUGUCUGUCAUGAGAAGGUAAAGACUUGUCAGAGCGUACUGUAUGAAGCAAGCUGUUGUGUCUCUUCAUUUCGCAAGGCCUUGAGACUUGUCUUCACUCAAAUCAGAUGAAGCAAGAUUUCAGUCUUGGGAGGCGGAGCCCAAGGAACCUGAUGGACC